GAUGCAGGCUAUAAUGCAAUGCAGUGCGAUGCGUACUUGCAAGCGGUCCUGCGCCACUGUACAGUAAGAAUUUAAUUCGCGCUCCACGCUACGCGGCAACAGCCGUCGUGAGUCGGUAGCAAUGAGUUCCGAUCAACUCAUAGCUAACGAGUUGUUGGCGUUUAUACAAUACGCCAUUGACACCAUGGACGAGGUCAGCAUCCUGCAGAUCUGUAAGUCCAACUUCAAGGAGGAUGAGGUUUGCAGUGGCAAGGCGCUGCUGUUCCGGUUUGUCGGCAAGGCCGACAAGAUACCAUCUCGACGGAGGGAUGGAACAGAAAAUAGUGUGCAGGAUAUAAUCACCCUGCUAAAGGAGACGGAUCCGGACGACGUGCCUACAUUCGUGGCAAAGGAGCUGCACAAGCUGCCCCCGGUCACGUUCGACCACAUCGAUGUCACCAGUCUGCUGAAGGACAUCAACUUCCUGAAAGCUAGCCUGGCUGAUGUAGUGAGCAAGUUGGAGGACGCGAAUAACACCAUCGGUGAGUUGCGAGCUCAGGUAGACUUAUUAAGCAACAAUGCAUGCGCAAGUAGGUCACCCGAAGCCUCUAACGUGAACACACGUCGUGGGGCGCAAAAUGCAUCCGUCGGCAGCAUUGAGUCGGCGCCUGCGAGUGCGUCACCGGCCGCCGCCACCGCGAGCGAUGCCUCGCGCCCCGCCGCCGCCGCCCGCCCCUCCGUCACACUGGAGACGUCACGCGAAUGCACGUCUACACCGCAACAUGCCUACGCAGCUGCAGCCGCCAGCCGACCCGUUGAUGCAGUUCCGAAUUGCGAGCGGCGUAGUAAACAACAAACAGAGAAGAGUAGCAAACUCAGCAUCCAACGUGCUACUACGGCCGCGUCACAAAAGCGGAUUUCUGACGAAGAGGGUUUCAUUAAAGUGGAAAGGAAGAAGAGGAAGCCCAUUCGCCGCAAUCUGUGUGGUGCCGCCCCGAUCGGACCGAACUAUCUGCUGCGUCCUGCAAUACCGCCGACGCCGCUGUACGUGUCCCAACUGCAUUACUCUACGAAGGAAGAGGAGAUCGUAGAGUACCUGCGGAUUAAGACCAAUUUCUCCCUCAGAGUCGCAUGGUUGGAGUCCCGUCACAAUGUGAAUUUUAUUUCCUUUGUGGUGCGGGUGCCACCGACCGAAAGAUCAAAUAUUAUGAUGAUGUUGCUGCUCGUAAUUACGCUGGACUCUGAUAGCUAUGUCAUAUUAAUUAGGAUUUCGUAUCUAUCCGAAGACGUGAAAGGAUCUAUGACAGCUGCUGAGAUAUCAGAGCAACUCGACCUUACAUCCAUCAAGCAACAUCCUUGGCACAUACAAGGAUGCUGUGCGCUCACCGGAGAAGGAUUACACCUGGGCCUCGAAUGGAUUGCAAGCAGAAUAAAGAAGAAAUGAUUAUUACAAUGUAAAAUUUAUCUAAGAUGACUAAUAAUAAUUUAAUAGAUACCAAUUUAGAAUAUUGUUAAAGUUGGAUUAUAUUUUUUAAAAUACUUGUAAAUUAAAAUUAACACAGACUACUUUAUUCUAAAAAAUGACUACCAAAUCUAAAUAAGGUUUACGAAUGGGUUAUAAAAUAAAAUGUUUUCAUUGUGUAUAUUUUUAUCUAUUUAUUUCAUCUACUUGAUUCUUGAAAGAAAAAAUUGUACAUAACUUUAUAGUACAGUCAUUUGGAAGUGGUUACCUGGAAAGUUUUCCAGGAGUUUUGAAAAUGGGUAAUUUUAUAAAUUAUAAGGUGUUCUUUCCGAAUUUCGACUUUGCCACCUCGUAUUUUUGCCGCUCUCGCCGCCAUAUUGGAGAAAUGGCGCCUAAAAGCAAUUUUUUGACAAUAUCUCCUUUCCAACUCAUUUUACAAUAAAAACAGUUAGUACGAAAUUCGGAAAGAGCACAUCAAAAUCUAUAAAAUUACCAAUUUUCAAAACUCCCGGAAAACUUUCCAGGUAAAUCUACCAAAUGACUGUACUAUUAGUACUUAUAACGAUUUGACUAUCAUUUAUUUACGGCAAGUAGGUACAACCAAAUGACAACAUAAAAGAAAUAUACAAAUAAUCAGUACACAACGCAAGGUUCACAUACACAUAAAACAUAACAAAAAUUAUCUUGCCUUAUGAAUAAUAUACAACUAUUUUUAAACAAAACAUGAAACAGUUGUCGGAUAGUUAAAAUCACAUGAGUAUGUUGUAGAUAUAUUUUAAUAAAGUGGUAUUUUGAACGUCGAAUAGCAAAAACAUAUGAUAUUUUUAAACACUGAGAUCACAAAACAAAUGACAUCGUCACAGCCUAUAAUAAUGUUAAAUUCCAUUGAAUGGUUGUAACCUGCCACUUGAAUUACAUAUCUCACUAGAGGUUACUCAAUGAAUCCAGAAAAUAUAUUUUUUUAGCUAAACAUAAUAUAUUUACAUCGCUAUUUUAAAUAAAACAUAUUAAAAUAUACUUAUUUCACAUAAAAAUGUGUUUAAAUGCAACAGACACAAAUCACAAAAAUUACUCGCAAUGUAAUUACAUUCUCAGUUAUCUAUCUGCAAAUAAAAUGUUGUACAUAACUUAUUCAACAAAAAAUAUUUAAUUAAGAACAACAACUAUACAAUAUUUAAUGAUGCUAUUAUCAUCUCCAAUCAAUUGUCGCUUGUUGAGACACUGCGGGGAGCUGAAUGUCACACUUUAUUAAUUUAGCUUUACCUUUGAAGACUGAAGAAAAGUGUCAACGUGAAAGAGUUAUAGGAUAAUGAAAAAGCUACACAAUUAGUCCAAAGACUUAAUAAUGCAAUUGAGGUGGUAUGGAUGGUAGCAAAAAGAGAAAGGAUACAAUGAUCUGAAUUAUAGAAGUCCAACUAAGCCAACUAAACCCAUCAAAACCGAUAAGGGAUCAAGUACGCAAAGUACGUACGUAAUUGAGGCCGUCGUUUUCGUCGUCGAUUUUCCCACAAUUCACAAAAGUUGUUAAUAUUCUUUAUUUUUAACUUACUUUGUUUAGUUUUAUUAUGAAUUUAAGUAAAAGGCCAAUCUGAAAAGUGGAUUUAAUAAAUAUGGAUUGGAUCUUUUUUUAUUGCAAUAGUCUACUUGAUCCUUAGACAGUUUUGAUGAGUCUAUAAACAGUAACACAGGUCCAUAGGAUGGGAAUUGCUGGAGCCCUAACUUGCCAUGGCCUUGCGUUGGUAUUCGUCACUUGAAUCAUCGGCGUAUAACGUAUUAUCUGUAGUAAUUUUCCCAUAUUUUUCGAUUUUUUUUGAAUUAGAACUAAAUAUAAACCCCGUCUGUUUUUGAGAUCACUCACAAUUUAUGACCUGGGGGUGAUCAAAUUAAUAUUUUGUGCUGCAACCAGCUAGAUAUAAAAGGGAUGGGUACUUCGCACAAUUUUUUUAAAGUUUUGAAUAGACUUGUUACCUACUUAUCUUAUGUGUUUUUGCCUCGUUGGAUUGUUUUCCAUCUACGCUCCACUAAAGCCUUUCAAUAUUGGGCGUAAAAUUUAAAAUGCGAGUCGGAAGAGUUACAAAAUUGCUACCGUCUGGAUUUCAGUGUGCGUCGAAAACCGUUCGUGCUAAUAUAAUUAUCCCCUGCCUUUUCAAAACCUGUUUAUUUAAGAUUCCUAUUAAGAACACAAGUGCUUGCUUCACAUCGCUCAAUCUAAGGAGUAUAAGUUUUGUUACAAUACUUUCGUUGAAAUACUCGCUAGGAUGACGUAAAUCACGUCAAAAAUACACAAUGUAAUUUAUCAAUCCUAAGUAAAAUAUUUUAUGAAGCCAGAUAUAAUUUUAUAUUUUCCAUUCUAUUCUUUUAAAAUAGAAACCAAUACCGGUAGUGUAAAGAUUACAUUAUUACAAACUCAUUGUGAACAAUAGUACAAUACUUAAUGGUGCGCAAAUGGAGAAAAUCAAUCGACCGAGCUCAAGGUAACACUAUUCGUACGGACUUGGGCACCUCGCGGACAGGACGGCCGCGAACAUGGCCCACAGAACCAAAACUCAUUGUAGAAAAACGUCGUAUUUAGUUUUAGAACGAUACGAAGCGUGUUCACUAACGGCUUGUAGGCCUAUUCGAACUUAGGCACCUCGCGCACAGGACGGCCACGACCACGACCCACAGUGCUGGUCUUUUAUUUAUUUCAUCAAUAAAGAACUUUAUACCGAAACUCAUCGCAGAAAAACGGCGUCGUAUUUAGUUAUGGAACGAUACGAAGCGUGUUUACUCACGACCUGUAGACCUAUUCGGAAUUGGGCACCUCGCGCACAGGAUGGCCGCGACCAUGGCCCACAGUGCUGGUUUUUUAUUUAUUUCAGUAAUAAAUAACUUUCUACUCAAACUCAUUUCAGAAAAAACGUCAUCGUAUUUAGUUGCGUUACGAUACGAAGCGUGUUCACUCACGGCCUGUAGGCCUAUUCGCCAACUGCUUUUGACAGAUGGAAGUGAUAAUCACCGUCACAUACUUGUUCUGAAAAGCAUUUUUUUAGUUACACACUGUAAAUGUCAAUAAAGUUAGCAAAUAGGCCGUCUGGCCGCAUUUACGGGCGCAGAUAUAGUGCGCGAGUGUAAUAGCAAUCUAUACGUAACUUGGCCGCAACUACCAGAGGAGCUUUCCCGGUUCAAAGACCAGUCGAGUUGGCCGUUGCGGCCAAGUGCGCGAUGUUCAUAUGGUUUCUUUAUUUGAUCUGGUCGUGGUCGUGAUCGUGGCCGUCUAGUGCGCGAGGUGCUUAGAACUACGAAUAGUCAGUUUUGCUGCCAUAUUUUUAAGCUCAAUUAUGUACUUACAGCGAACUGAUUUUUUUCUAUUAGAGGACUCUACACUGGAUGUGAUUAUGCACGAAUCAAAUUCGUAGUAUGUUGACAAUAUACACCCUAUUACUACUUCUUACUUUUAAAAUGUCACAUGUUAUGGUAAUGAGAGCGCUAUCUAUGAACUACUGAGUAAAAAUUAUGAAAAAAAAUAGUUCAUCACUCCAGAGGUAAAUUAAUCGAGAUUCGAAAAAAAAGUUUUGAUUGCAUCAGUUAGUUAAUAGAAAUAAAAAAUAAAUUUCACUAUGACGUGUUCGUUAUCACAGUCAACUAAUAUUAAAGAUUAUUAUUGAAAUUAAAACUAAAAAUGUGUACUUAUAAACUAAAGCGUUAACUGGGGAAACAUAUUGUAACUAAUGGUGAACAUUUUACGAUUACGAACAAACUGAACGUAUUCAAGUGUAAGUCUUAAUAAAAAGAUUAAAACGGCCGCACUCAGAGACGCAAUUAAAAUUGUUUGUCAAUGUGAUGUGUUAUCGUCUAGUUAAAUUAAUUAUCCAAAGGAUGUGAUAGCAUUCAAUUUAAUCAAACCUAAAUAAAGAUUAAUGUCCUUGAGUGCAGCCACAAUGUUCUGGAGCUCUAUUUUUGAAUCACUCGCCUUGCGUCGAACGCUCUAUUUCUACUAAUUUUCAUUGUACAUAAUUAAAUCCGUAUUUUUGAAACGCUCGAGUGCAACAAAUGGGUGAGACCACUCGUUGCAUGGCGAAUGGUGGAGGCGAAUGAUAGAAUAAUUGUCAAAUUUGUGUCAGACGUCACGUAAGUGUUAAACUUAUACUUAUUAAGAUUUCUUGUGUGAUUGGAUUUAGCCACUGAGUAAAAUAAACUAUUAGAAACUGUUUUGAAAUGAGUGUUGUGACGUUUGAAUUUUUCAAAUGCCGGCACUUUGCUAUUAGACGACGAAAAUCUAUCCUUGUUAUGCUUUAUAUGAAACGACAAGGGCAGAUUGA